AUGGGCGGACCUCCUUUGGAUCUCCUCCGCGACAUCUCGCGCCGCCUCCACGCCACCACCGACUACGUCCGCUUCCACGCCACGUGCAAGCCCUGGCGCUACACGCUUCCGCCGGCGCCGUGCUAUCCCGCGUUCCAGCCAUGGCUACUCGCGCCGCCGGACUCCGCCAAGCACCGGAUGGCUCGCUGCGUCUUCGCCUCCUCCAGAUCGACCCGCCGUGGCACCAGCGCCGCCACUGAGAUAUCGGUUCGAGAUAGGAGGUGGGUGAUCAGCCUGGUAGACGGCACUGCCGUCUCUACCCUCACCAGUAUCUGUUCCGGUUCCGGCCCUAGCGGCAGCGGCCUCACCGCCGGCGUCGAUGUCGCCGACCCUCUCACUGGAUCUGCUUCAUCUGCAUCGGCCACACCCCUACCCCUACCUCCCUUUUCAUGUGACGACGAGACCAAGUGGUGGGUGGACCACGCCGAUGCCGUGGUCUGCGGCGACGGCACAAUCUUUCUAUAUUUGUUUGGUCCCGUCCACCGCAGGUCGUAUUACCUGCCGGUGUUCAACGCUGCCCUCCUGCGUCCUGGCGAUACGGCGUGGACAAUGGUGCAUAAACAGUACCUGGGCAUAUCCUCCAUAGGAGACGACCCCUGCAGCUGCAUUGCCCAUCACGAUGGGAAGAUCGUCGCACGCUACAGGAACUGGUGUUCGCACUACAUUGAGACAAGGCAGGUCGACCACAGCCAGUGGGUAACCCCACUGCCAUCUCAUUAUGGCAAGGCAUUGCAGGCAAGCUACCUCUUGGAGUCUCGAGGGGAGCUUCUUCUAGCAAAUGUCCUAGCAAAUCAUGCGCACAGUUAUACCAUAGCCAGCUUUGUGGACGGGCUGUCGGUUUCAGUCCACGUGCUGCAGGAGGCGGAAAGCGGAAAAACACAGUGGGUGAAGAGGGACGGCCCGAGCUUGGCUGAUCGCGUCAUGUUCCUCGGGAGUCCAAGCAGCUUUGCUGUGGAUGCCGCGCGGUUUGGCGAGAUCAGUGGUGGUGGCUGCGCCUAUUUCGUCCUCAAGAGCGAGCUCUAUGGGGGGAUCUGGAGCAAGUUGGCCGUCAAACGCUGCCGUGUGUUCAAGUACAGCUUCCUGGACCAUAGGUCAGAACUCAUCGAGCAGCUCCCGGCUGAAUGGGACAACGACGCCUGCAUGUGGCUCACGCCGCCACAACCUUCCAUCGCUUCAACUGAGCAUUCAUUAGUAGUAACAUUCAUUUGCAUGCACAUGCAGGAAAUUAGAGAGAUGAUUGAGCCUUCACACACAAAGGCUGCAGGAGGGCCACAAUUCGGGCCUUAUUUCAGGAUUUAUGUGGGCAAUCUGCCACGGAAUGUGGAUAGCUAUCGACUGGGACAGUUCUUCAGCAAGUAUGGCAAGGUAGCAGAAGCAAGGGUCAUGUGCCACAUAAAAACCAAGCGUUCACGAGGUUUUGGGUUUGUGACCUUGGCGACUGUAGUUGAUCAUGAGCAUGAGCAGGAACAUGCUAUUGCUAAGCUGGAUGGACAGAUUUUGGACGGGCGUCCCGUGCGAGUGAAGUUUGCAGAUCAGAAGCAGCCACAUAACCAAAAUUUUCAGUUAUUUUCAGUGAAGGAAGUUAAGGCAUUCCUGGUACCUUGUGGUGCCCUUGUUGGGAGGGAUCCCGGAUUCGUGAUGCCUGACGCAGCAGCUCUGCCGGACGACGCGCUCUGGCGGCCAUGGGCGGACCUCCCUUUGGAUCUCCUCCGCGACAUCUCGCGCCGCCUCCACGCCACCACCGACUACGUCCGCUUCCACGCCACGUGCAAGCCCUGGCGCUACACGCUUCCGCCGGCGCCGUGCUAUCCCGCGUUCCAGCCAUGGCUACUCGCGCCGCCGGACUCCGCCAAGCACCGGAUGGCUCGCUGCGUCUUCGCCUCCUCCAGAUCGACCCGCCGUGGCACCAGCGCCGCCACUGAGAUAUCGGUUCGAGAUAGGAGGUGGGUGAUCAGCCUGGUAGACGGCACUGCCGUCUCUACCCUCACCAGUAUCUGUUCCGGUUCCGGCCCUAGCGGCAGCGGCCUCACCGCCGGCGUCGAUGUCGCCGACCCUCUCACUGGAUCUGCUUCAUCUGCAUCGGCCACACCCCUACCCCUACCUCCCUUUUCAUGUGACGACGAGACCAAGUGGUGGGUGGACCACGCCGAUGCCGUGGUCUGCGGCGACGGCACAAUCUUUCUAUAUUUGUUUGGUCCCGUCCACCGCAGGUCGUAUUACCUGCCGGUGUUCAACGCUGCCCUCCUGCGUCCUGGCGAUACGGCGUGGACAAUGGUGCAUAAACAGUACCUGGGCAUAUCCUCCAUAGGAGACGACCCCUGCAGCUGCAUUGCCCAUCACGAUGGGAAGAUCGUCGCACGCUACAGGAACUGGUGUUCGCACUACAUUGAGACAAGGCAGGUCGACCACAGCCAGUGGGUAACCCCACUGCCAUCUCAUUAUGGCAAGGCAUUGCAGGCAAGCUACCUCUUGGAGUCUCGAGGGGAGCUUCUUCUAGCAAAUGUCCUAGCAAAUCAUGCGCACAGUUAUACCAUAGCCAGCUUUGUGGACGGGCUGUCGGUUUCAGUCCACGUGCUGCAGGAGGCGGAAAGCGGAAAAACACAGUGGGUGAAGAGGGACGGCCCGAGCUUGGCUGAUCGCGUCAUGUUCCUCGGGAGUCCAAGCAGCUUUGCUGUGGAUGCCGCGCGGUUUGGCGAGAUCAGUGGUGGUGGCUGCGCCUAUUUCGUCCUCAAGAGCGAGCUCUAUGGGGGGAUCUGGAGCAAGUUGGCCGUCAAACGCUGCCGUGUGUUCAAGUACAGCUUCCUGGACCAUAGGUCAGAACUCAUCGAGCAGCUCCCGGCUGAAUGGGACAACGACGCCUGCAUGUGGCUCACGCCGCCACAACCUUCCAUCGCUUCAACUGAGGAAAUUAGAGAGAUGAUUGAGCCUUCACACACAAAGGCUGCAGGAGGGCCACAAUUCGGGCCUUAUUUCAGGAUUUAUGUGGGCAAUCUGCCACGGAAUGUGGAUAGCUAUCGACUGGGACAGUUCUUCAGCAAGUAUGGCAAGGUAGCAGAAGCAAGGGUCAUGUGCCACAUAAAAACCAAGCGUUCACGAGGUUUUGGGUUUGUGACCUUGGCGACUGUAGUUGAUCAUGAGCAUGAGCAGGAACAUGCUAUUGCUAAGCUGGAUGGACAGAUUUUGGACGGGCGUCCCGUGCGAGUGAAGUUUGCAGAUCAGAAGCAGCCACAUGUAGCUUGCUAG